AAGUGAACGACUGAAAUUAAUCUGCAAAUUUUUAUUUAUUGACAAUUUACAAAGUAUUAUAUAAUUUUAAAAGAUGGCCCUAAGACAUCGUACUGUAGAAAAUUCCUUGAAUCAAGAAAACAUGCAUGCAAAAGUAGCUACAAAGGCUGUUAUACCUCCAAGAGGAACUGUUCCCAAAAGAGCAGCUUUAGGUGAUGUUAAAUUGAGUGAAGCUAAUAAACUUUCCAAUGUAAAUAGUAAUAAUAAUGGCGUGGCAAAAAAAGGUGGCGUUAUGGGCCCACCACAAGCAUUACCGAAGAAGACUGUCACAAGAAAAGAGAAUGCUCUGCAAGAAAAAUCGCAAAAUCCAAAUAUUAUUAAGCCUCCGAUAAAACGACAGGAGAGUUUAUUAAAAAAUAUUCACCUUGAGAGAGACAAAGUGACUGAGUCCAGUAAGUCAUAUUCUUCAAAACAGAUAUCUAUUAUUGACCCUGACGAGAAUACCAAGAAUGAUCCUCAAAUGGUAACUGAAUAUAUAACAGAUAUAUUCAAUUAUUUGCUAGAGCUGGAAUGUAAAUUUCCAAUAAAGAAACAUUACUUAGAAGGUCAUCAAUCGUCACCAAAAAUGCGUGCAAUACUUGUGAACUGGCUAAUAGAGGUUCAUACGAAUUUUAAGUUAUUUGCUGAAACUUUAUUCUUGUGUAUAGCAAUUAUUGACCGGUAUUUGCAAGAGAACAAAAAUAUUGGUCGUGCCACUCUGCAGUUGGUCGGGACUACGGCAAUGAUUAUCGCCAGUAAAUACGAAGAAACAUAUUGGCCUGACCUAGAUGAUUAUGUCUACAUUUGUGAUGAGAUUUUUUCGAAACGACAGAUUGUUCAAAUGGAAAGGGACAUUUUGGAAAAACUUGAUUUUAAUUUAGGACGCCCUAUCUCAUUACAUUUUCUGAGGCGCUAUAAUAAAAUUGCUCAAGUUAGAAGUGACCAUCACGCUCUGGGGAAGUAUUUACUGGAACUAGCUCUUCUGGAGUAUGAUAUGAGCCAUAUCCGACCCUCGAUCCAAGCGGCAGCAGCCUGUUGUUUGUCUAUUGGAAUAUUAAAUGAAAUAAUGGAUUUAUCAAAAAUCUGGACGCCAACUUUAGUUCAUUACACUACCUAUAAAUAUUCCGACAUCAAAAGCACAAUUGUUGACUUGGCCCAUUUAAUUGCAAAAGCCGAAACUUCCAAACAUCAAACGUGUCGAAAUAAAUAUUCUACCCCAGCUUUUGCCAAGAUAAGUUUAAGUUCAAAGUUACACGGACCACUCAUCAGAAAGUUAACAUCUACACCAUUAACAAAAAAGUGAGGGUGUUUCAUCUGUUUUAUAGUUAAUGAAGUAUUUUAAGCCAUGAUUUAUAAUUUUAUUGUACAGUAUACAUGACUUUUACUCUUUUAUUGUAUCAACGUGUAUUAAUAAAUGU